GUUUGGUGGAUGUUCGAGCUCCUGAGGAUUAAAAUAACGGACAUUUAUAAACGUUUAUUAAUGCGGUGUUUUAGAACCGUUCAGGUCUUCGUCAGGAGGUUGUUAUUGUGAGGGAUUACUGAUAGCUAGGUUCACAUCUCGAGUGUGUGUGAGAGGCGGGGAACCCAACAGCUCCACACUGAAGCCUCGUUUUGGAUGAAUUCUCCUCACAGCGGGAUUUUAUCCGACAUUCGGUCGCUUUUUCACUCAGGAUUUGAGUUUGCUGAGGAAAAUCAACUCUCCAGACUUUAUUACAUGGAUUAUCUGUGUUUCAGAACUCUGUGCUGUAAAGGUCCCCCUCCUCCCCGGACGGAGUAUGAUGUAGUGUGUAUUGGACUGACGGGCUCCGGAAAGACCAGUCUGCUGUCCAGACUGUGCAGCGAAGCCACAGAUACCAUCGUACCGACCACAGGUUUUAGUAUCAAAGCGGUGCCAUUUCAGAACGCCAUCUUAAACGUGAAGGAGCUUGGAGGUGCCGAUUCCAUUAAGAAGUACUGGAGCCGUUACUACCAGGGCUCUCAGGGCGUCGUGUUCGUGCUGGACAGCGCAUCGUCCGACGAGGAUCUGGAGGUGGCGCGUACAGAACUGCACUCGGCCCUGCAGCACCCACAACUCUGCACUCUGCCCUUCCUUAUCCUCGCCAACCAACAGGACAAACCGGCCGCCCGCUCUGUCCACGAGAUAAAGAAAUAUUUUGAGCUGGAGCCCUUGGCCCGGGGGAAGAGCUGGCUGCUGGACGGCAGCACCAUCGACAACAUGGACGGCGUGAAGGAGAGCUUCAGCCAGCUCAUCCAGCUGCUAGAGGAGAAGGACCAGGAGACGGGCAGGAUAUGAGCUGGGAAACUUCACGUCCCAGCAUCCAUCACUCCGGACAGUACAGAUCUCCACCUCACCGCGGACCGGCCGAGAUCCCAGCGUGUACGUUCCUCCCACUGGCACCGAGGUGUAAGAAAU